CACCAUCUGCUUGACUGCCACGUGUUCAUCAUGUAGCUCCAAAAUCUGAAGCGAGCCCGCGCUGGGAGAUCUACAUUCAUGUGUACCCCCCGGGUGGACUGACUCACAAGGAACUCCAUUCUUUCAUCGGCUGGUCCACCAAUAACCGACAUGGACGCUCAGAAGGACCAAACCAAGGAACACGAGGAAUAUCAAUACCUCAACCUCAUCCGCCAUGUCAUCCAUCACGGCCAACUCCGACCGGAUAGAACGGGCACCGGAACUCGAUCGUGUUUCGCACCCCAACAGUUGAGAUUCACCCUAUCCGAUUCCACCUUACCAUUAAUCACCACCAAGAAGGUCCACACCAAAUCGAUCAUCCACGAGCUACUCUGGUUCAUCCGAGCCUCCACCUCGACCCAAGACCUGAGUGCGGCGGGGGUCCGGAUCUGGGACCCAAAUGGCUCGCGAUCAUACCUCGAUUCCGUCGGCCUGAAGGAGUACGAGACCGGCACGUUGGGCCCGAUCUACGGCUUCCAAUGGCGCCAUUUCGGCGCCUCCUAUCAGGGGCCAAACCACGACUAUUCCGGACAGGGCGUCGACCAGUUGAAGAACCUCAUCGACUCGAUCAUCAAUCGUCCUACCGAUCGAAGAAUGAUUCUUACCGCUUGGAACCCCGCUGCUCUCCAUGAGAUGGCCCUACCACCAUGUCACAUGAUGUGCCAGUUCUACGUGACUUUACCGGACGAAGACCAUCCCAAGCCCAGAUUAUCGGCGAUUCUCUACCAACGAUCAGCAGAUCUCGGGCUCGGUUUGCCCUUCAACAUCACCUCUUAUGCAUUACUAGUCCACAUGAUCGCCCAGGUCACCAAGACUGAGCCGUUCGAACUGGUCAUCCAACUCGGCGAUGCCCACGUCUACUCUAACCAUAUCAAGCCUCUCUCAGAGGUCCAGUUGACGCGGACUCCAAACCCGUUCCCUAAGAUCAAACUCAACCCGUCGGUCACUGACAUCGACCACUUCAAGUUCGAAGACUUCCAAAUUCUCGAUUACUCUCCUCAUCCUAGAGUCGAAAUGGAGAUGUCAGUUUAGGAUCCGGACUUUCUUGUUCCUUCCGAUUGGAAUGAUCAAAUGGAACGAAAGGAUUGCUUGUAUCAAUAGAACUCGAGAGAUGUGAAUCAUGAAUCAGAUGUCAAGAAUGCACAAUGAACCGUUGGAAAACGUACCUAAAUUGGUUGUUCGAUUAUGUCUGAUGGAUGAAGAUUUCCAUCCUCCCUUUUCGUGUCCACGGCUUUCAAAAGCCAUAAGGACCGGAGAGCAGCAUGUGAUUAGACGAUGGUGAUGGCCCAAUGGUCAAGGGUAUAUCUUUAUUUUGAUUGGUAUGCUUACUGCAAAGUUCCUGGCCA